UAUGCGCGCCAAGCGUACGAAGCCGUCGCCCAGCUCUACCACCGGGAGGCUCACUUUGUGGCGAUCAACUGUUGGCAGCCAGGCGGCGAGUGUCGGCAGCGGUACACGAAGGUGCUCUCGUGGCCGGUGCUGAUGGCGUACCAACCGAACGGGUUUGUGAUCCAAUACCACCAAGCGUGGACGGCCGGUGCCCUUUCGCGGUUCGUCCAAUCGUUGGUGGCACCCCUGCAGCGGUUCGUUAAUCCUGCCGACCUGAUGGAUCGAAUGACCGGCAAGGAUGCUGUGAUCGUCGCAUUCCUUGAGGUGAGCAACGACAGCAAACUUUACCACCAGUACUAUCAGGCGGCCGUCAAGUGGCUCGAGAAGGAUCCGUUCCAGGAGGUUUCAUUCGGGGUCGUGACGGGCGAGUCCUGCAAGCUGUUUGGCGUCGAAACGCAACCUUCCAUUCGGCUGUACUUGUGGAAUGAAACAAUCGAGUACGUCGGUAAGGAAUCGUGGACACCGAGGGAGCUGAACGGUUGGCUCGUUAAACAUCUGCAGGUCGUCUCGAUGUGGAUCGCACCGCCCGGGACGAAAUCCAGCACGAUCGCACCGUACUUCCGGCAGGGUCCGGUUCUGUUUCUCUUCAAUCCGCGGCCACUGUAUGCCGAGGGAGACAGUUCCGAUGCGUACAUGAUGCUCCGGCAGCUCAGUAUGCACUAUUACAACUGUGCCGGUGAUACAUGGGUCCAGGAAAUGGCCCGUGAAUACAUCGCCGAACAGCGUCUGGUCGCCCUCGAGCGGUACACUCACCGAAAGGUCCAAUGUGGAUCCAUUCUGGGGCGACACCCGUCGCAGGAUGACGACGAAGGAAGAGGGGCCGAUGGUCGCCGUCGACGCCGUGGCGGGAUCGAUCGAUCCACCGUGUCCGUUUCGUUUGUGAAUGUGCUCAAUUCGUCAAAGUUUGCCGAUGGAAGAAAGCUUGCGGGCCACUCCGGAGGAUCGGAACCCGAUUCCGCGUACUGUGACAUAGCCCCGGCACUGGCCGGAAGGUGCCAACCGACGGAAAGCUGCGGAGCCCGUUUCGGUCCCGAAAGGAAACCAUCCCUGCGGUGGAGCGGUACAGGGCAGCAGCAGCAGGAAGAAGAAGAUGGGUGUCCGGCAAGGGCACGCCCUACACCGGAGGCUUCCGAGGUGGUCACUUCAAGUGCAAUCGACUCGACGCACGACUAUCGGGGUCCGAAAUUGCUCACCAAACAGUACCUCCGCCGGCAGUGUGAGUUGUUUCGGUUGGCGGAGGGAGAUGGAACGCACUUGUUCUACACGGAGCCGGAAGGCGAAUCGGACGCAAUCUACGCUGCGGUCGGUGGAUUGUCGUGCAAGCAUAACAAAACCCUCACCUUCCUCAGUAUGGACAGCUCGCUGUACCAUUCGUUUAGCGAGCGGCUUGGGAUCGACGUGCUGCAGGAACCGAACCGAACCGUGGCCUUCAUCGUCGACGCCGAGAACGAAUCGACGUACGCGCUACGGUCACCCAUUAACCUGCGGACGUUGGCACGUUUCGUGCAC